UGAAAAGUCUUUGGUUCACACUAUCAUUUGAUGCUAUCGUCCUGGAAGCAAGAACUUGGGUUUCCUCUCCGCUCAGUACACUUUGUUUCGAACCAUCCUCGCACUCUUGUUUAAUCCUCUGCUGCUCACGAAUCAAGCCAUGCCCCUGGCGGAGCUCUUUCUUGGCUCCUUUCUUCAAGUGCUGUUUGAUAGGUUGGCCUCUCGCGAGCUUCUCUACUUUGGGCAGCGCGAGGGUAUCGAUACGCUGCUGAAGAAAUGGGAGAAGAUGCUAAUCAGUAUCAACCAGGUGCUGGAUGAUGCAGAGGACAGACAACUGAUUGGUGAUCUUGGGGUGAAGUUGUGGCUCGAAGAUCUCAGGAACUUGGCCUACGAUAUUGAAGACUUGCUAGACGAGUUCGCCACAGAAUCUGCAGAAAACAAGUCCAAGGCAGAACCUGAUACUAGCAAGGCGCGAUCCCUUCUUCGGAGUUGUUGCUUCAGAUUGAGCCCGAGAGCAUUUAUGUUCGACCGCAAACUGAGAUCCGCGAUAGAAGAGAUGGAUGGCAGAUUAAUGGAUGUUAUCACUCGAAAAGAUACUCUAAACUUGAGAGAGACUAACGGGAAUCGAUCAGCAGACCGCCGACAGGAUAAGCCGCUUCCCACCACCUAUUUGCCUGAGCCUGGUUUUGUUAGUAGGGAGGAUGAAAAAAGGGAGAUCCUCAAAUUACUGACAGGAGAAGAGGACGAUAGAACAUAUGCGGAUCUAAAAAUGAUUCCCAUCGGGAUGGGAGGUGUUGGGAAGACGUCUCUGGCUCAGCAAGUCUACAAUGAUGCUAGAGUCACCGGCUAUUUCGAUGCGAAAGCAUGGGCUUGCGUUUCCGAUAAUUUCGACGUGCUUGCUAUUACAAAGACAAUCCUAGAGACAACCGUUGGCCAUUUGUCUUGUGAAGGUAAGGACCUGAAUUGGCUUCAAGAUAAGCUUAAGGAAAACCUUUCGAGGAAGAAGUUUCUUGUUGUUUUAGACGAUGUUUGGAACGAGAAUUAUGGAAACUGGACUACCCUUUUGAAGCCUUUUCAAUCGGGAGCAAAGGGAAGCAAGAUUAUCGUCACAACUCGUAAUUUCCGUGUUGCUGAAAUAGCCCGUGCUCCACCAUAUACUCUAAAAGAGUUGUCACAAGAUGCUUGUAUGACUUUGUUUGCAUUUCAUGCUCUUGGAGUUGGAAAUUUCGAUCGUCAUCCCCAUCUUGAAGAAUUAGGUCGAAAAAUAGUGAAAAAAUGCCAAGGGUUGCCAUUAGCCGUGAAGACUUUGGCCGGGCUGCUAAGCUCUAAAGUCAGUCCCCAUGAAUGGGAAGCUAUAUUGAACAGCAAAAUUUGGGACCUACCAGAAGAAAAGGGCUUGUUGGAGGGAAGAGAAGGAAAGAAUCAUUGGAAUGCAGGUUUGAGACUUUUCAACGAGCUAGUAUCUAGAUCGUUACUUCAAAAGUCGAGUAGAAGUGAAUCACGAUUCUUGAUGCAUGAUCUUGUGAAUGACCUGGCAAAGCUAGUUGCAGGUGCAACCUAUUUCAACUCAGAGGAGUUUAAGUUCGAAGGUAAUCAAUAUACUGCAUCUUUAGCUCGUCAUGCCUCAUUCAUACCCAACCGUCGCAUUGUGUCAGAAAGAUUCAAAAUAUAUCAUGGAAUGAAGGGACUUAGGAGCUUCAUAUCGUUAGAUAAGCAAUAUAAUAGUUCAUUUUUGUCUCAGAAAGUGCUAUGUGACUUGUUAUCUAGAUUGAAGUACUUAAGGGUGCUUUCAUUAAGUGGCUACCAUAUCAGAGAGGUACCGGAUUGCAUUGGCAAACUAAGACACUUAAGGCACCUUAAUCUGUCACAUACUGAUAUUAGAACGCUUCCAAAGUCAGUUGUUGCAUUAUACAACCUAGAGGCUUUGAUGUUGCGGGGCUGUCACUAUCUUAUUGAAUUACCAAAAGGUAUUGAGAAACUGAUUAAUCUGAGAUUUCUCGACAUUACCGACACUCCGAGCUUAAGAGCGAUGCCACUGUAUAUAGGUAAUAUGGUGGGUCUUGAGAUAUUGUCCAAAUUUGUAGUGGGAAUGGAAACAAGAUCGAGGUUAAAGGAGUUAAAAAAGUUGAAUAACUUUCGAGAGGAACUGUUCAUCUCUGAUUUGCAUAAGGUUCGAGAAGCCGAAGAUGCCCAAGAUGCCAAUUUACACACGAAGGAGGGAAUAUGCCGGUUGACCAUGCAAUGGAGUACGGAUUUUGAAAAUUUGCGGAAUGAAGAGCUUGAGGCAGAAGUCCUGGACUUUCUUCGCCCUCACAAAAACCUUGCAAAUUUCGAAAUAUCCUACUAUGGUGGCCUAGAAUUUCCGUCAUGGUUCGGAAGUCCCCGACAUGUUAACAUAGUUCAUUUACGAUUACAUGGGUGUCGUCGCGCCAAAGCAUUACCAUCACUUGGGCAGCUAUUUUCAUUGAAAGAAUUGUACAUCGAAGGUCUAAAUGCGAUAUGCACGAUAGGGUUUGAAUUUUAUGGAACUAAAAGUCCUUUUCCGUCCUUAAUUACUUUGGUGUUCAAGGACAUGCCAUUGUGGGAGGACUGGUCUCAUCGCGUCGGCACUGAAGAAGUAGGAGUAUUAUUCCCUUGUCUUGAGCAUCUCGUCAUUAAGGAUUGCCCUAUGUUGAUCGGAAGAUUGCCUAGUCAACUAAGCUCCCUCGUAAUGCUUGAAAUCAACUCUUGUCCUCAUAUGGAUGUCUCGCCCUCUAUCACGAGCCUUCCAUCUCUCAAUGAAUUAAACUUUGGAGGUUGUAAUGAGGGGGUGCUGAAGAGUUUGGUAAACCUGACAUCUCUAACUGCUCUUGCCAUUGAAAAUGUUGCUGAAUUAACUUGCUUAAAUCAUGGGUUCACAAGCUCCUUGAUCAAGCUAGAGAAGUUGGAGAUGCGCAAUUGUAACGAGUUAAUAUACUUGUGGCAAGAUAGAGAUGUCAUCCGAAAUCUCGCUUGCCUGAAGAACUUAGUCGUCGAUGGAUGUCCGAAAUUCAUAUAUUUUGUGGCUGGAGAAGGAGAUAUAGAGCUGCCCGGCAAUCUCAAGACUAUCAAAUUGACAAAUUGCGUCAAUUUAGAGAAGCUCCCAAGCAAAAUGCAUACCCUCUCCUCUCUUAUAAACUUGACGGUCAAUAACUGUCCAAAACUCGUGUCCUUCCCCGAAACAGGUAUACCGACAUCGGUGGUAUCAUUAAAUGUCAGUGGCUGCAAUAUGUUGCAAUCUUUACCCAAAGGAUUAAGUAUUCAUCCAGAUGAACCAAGCAGUGGCAACAGCAGCAAUAGCAAUAAUCGCAUUGACAUGACAUCUUGUCUGCAAAAAUUAUCAAUCUACGAAUGUAAUUCUCUGCCAGCCUCUCUAUUCAACGAGGGUAGAUUUUUACCUGCGACCCUCAAGACACUUACGAUUUCUUACUGCAAUGGAGUGGAGUCACUCGCGGAGAUAAAUGUAGACCGUCUUUGGUCGCUUCAAGAGAUUGAAAUUGGGGAUUGCAAGAAUUUGAGAAGUUUACCUCCGUGCCUACACACACUGUCCCAUCUCACUUCCUUGGCAUUGGUCAACUGUCCUGCGCUGGAGCUAGAGUGCUUCCCUCCUCUUCCUCUCAGCAUCUCGAGAUUUUCUCUUUAUAAUUGUCCGAAGAUAAAAUCGUUACCUGAUAAGUUGUAUCAACUUCCAUGUCUAUGUACACUCAAUAUUUCAGAGUGUGAGAGUAUUGCGCGCUUCCCCCACGGAGGAUUGCCGCCCCAGCUACAGGAACUUAAGGUAUGGGAUUGUGGGAGUAUGAAGCAGCCGGUGAGGGAGUGGCUUACCCGCCUCACCUCCCUUCAAUCUCUGUAUAUCGACGGCAGGGUGGGAGGAGUGGGAGAGGAGAAGGAUCUUCGGCUUCCGCUCCCUUCCUCUCUGCUCCAUCUCUUUAUGCGGAACAUGGGGAAGGUGGAAAGACUGUCCAGCAGUCUCCCUCCCUCUCUCCUGUUGUUAUGGAUCAAAGAUUGCCCGAAGCUGAGGGAGUUGCCCCAGGAUGGCCUCCCUCCCUCCCUAGAAUACCUCUGGAUCGAAAGAUGUGGGAUUCUGGAGGAGCGAUGCAAGAAAGGGACCGGCCGCUAUUGGCCCCUCAUCCGCGAAAUCCCGCUGGUCAUAUUGGCCGAUUACGCAAUUGAGUCAAUUACUUAA